AGAGAGAGAGAGAGAGCGAGAGAACGAACCGAACAGUUCCUUUCGGCAACGUGCGCUCCCAUCCUAGUAUCCCUUCCGGUAGGGGGAAGGGUGCUCCCUACAAAUGACGCUGCUGACGGUGCUCAUUAAACGGUGGGGAAACAAUUGAGCGGAAGGCACCCACCUCACCCUGUGUCAUCGCACCCUGUGCUCACUGAGCCGCUGGGAGCGAAGAGAGCAAGAGCGAAUAACUCCAACCGGGGAAGCGAAGCGAAGGGGGAUGGAAGGAGGGGAGGGGGCGCUGUUUACGACAUGCGUGAAAGGCGGGAGCCGGCUUCGUCGGUGGACACCGGGCGCAACAGUGUUCAGUCGCGGUCCGUUCCCUGGUACGACCGGACGUGUGCGCGAGUUUGGCUUUACCCUCGUCGUAGUCGCCGUCGCCGUCGUCGCCGUUUUCGUUAGUUGCUAUCGCCGCGAAUGGUUUGCGCGCUUCUAGACUGGCUCUGUUCUGCAGAACAACCACACCAACGGUAGAGUGCUCCAGUGGUUGCCGCUGUGAAACGAGUACGUCAAGUGUCACCAGGAACGGAUUGUGAUGUGUUCGUGUUGCACCGUAUCCCCGCGGCUCACUGAUACGCAUUAAUCGCUGCCCGUAACAUUUUUUUUAGCUCACUGGCUGUGUGUGUUUAUGUGUGCGUGUGCUAAUAAUACCCCUUCAGCAGAUAGUGCCUUUCUUCAAGUGGGGUGACAUGCUGGGACAGUGGGCCAGCGCCAGCAAGUCAAGUGCUUACACGGUUGAUGCAGAUGGGUCGCAAACAGCAACGGAAAAAGUCACUCCGUGCCAGUAUACAGCAAAAGAAGUAAUUGUUAGAAAAGCGUAAAAAUGCUUCCCAUAUUUAUACAUACUCUUUCGGGGAAGUUGUGCGUGUGUGAUCUGCCCGUCGUCUAAGGAAAGGAUGUUUUGCGGUGAAUUGUAGGCUUUUGAGAACUAAUCAUGUACACGCCGAGUGCGGGAAAUCGGAAAGCCAGUUAGCGCUCGUCUACGGUUAGCAAGCAUCCGCGCGCAGGUGCUGUGAUUGGUCAUAUCGUUCGUUUGCAAUUGGUUUCCGCGGCGUCCCGUGCGCCCUGCUUUGUCAAACACACAAGCCAGUAACUCGCGAUAGUUUUGCGCGCCUCGAUCGCAACGGUCGACAUCAGUGACCAAGUGGGACCGCAAUGUACAGCGACGACAAGCGCUUCCCGAGUCGCACGCAGCCGGGCGUUCCUUUUGGCGAUCCGGGCGUUCCGCCGGGGGUCGGCGCACUGUCGGAGAUGGACAAAUGUUUCCCCUACUCCAUCCUGACCAAGAAGCACCCGCUGGGAGGAGGGUCGGCGGGUGGGACCGGCGGCUCGCCCGGUAAACCGUCGGCUCCUCCGACCGUACCGAGCUAUCUCGGUUUGCAGCGGGAACGGUCCGGGACAAACGCGACUAAACCGGAGGCCGCCUUCGACCACAGCGGCACGCCCGAUGUGAACAACUUCUACGGCAGCGCGAUGGUAACGGACGUCGGCAUCUGCUUCAGCAUGAGCAACGUCAAUCUGAACGGCCACCCACCGACCAUACCGCUUGCCACGGGCGCGCUGGUGCCGCCGGCGGCGGUCGCCGCCCAGCCGCGCCCCAGCGCCCUGGCCGCUCCGGACGCGAGGCGCAAAUCGUACGAAGAUCCGGGCCCGGAAACGGCCCUGCUCAAUGCGAGGCGCCGGGCGGCCGCCUUCCUGCCCGUCACGGCCAACGGUGGUCGGCUGGCCGGUCCGAUGGCCGGAAGCGGUGCAGCAGCGCUCGCCUCGAUGCACCACCACCACCAGCAGCGCCGGCCGCAAGCAUUCCCCUUUCCGGCGGCCACCGUCUAUCCGCUGGCGCACCAUCCACCCGGCACGGUGGCGGCCCCGUUCCCGCAGCCGCUGGCCAACGUGCAUCCUCCGGUGCAUCAGCCACUGCCGCGGCAGCGAUCGGUCGGCCCGGUCGGCAAAGGGGCGUACGGUAGCGUACGAUCGACCAGCUCCGAUCGGGGCAGGGGCGGAGGGUCGGGAGGGUCCCCUUCGAUGAUUCCCGCGAUCGGAACGCUCGGCGGCAUCGGGACGUUGCGAUCCUCGCCGCCCUACCCGAAGCAACCGCCCGGCGCUGCUACGAAACCGUCCGCGGUGAGCUACUACCAGCCAUUGCCGGCGACUGGCGGCCCGGGUACGGUUCAAGUCCAGCCGUCCUAUGCCCAUCCACUUGCCGGCGCCCCUACCAGUCAAUCGACACCGACAGCACCGCCACCACCAGCACCGCCCGUUGGCUACCAUCAUCAGCGUGGCAACGUGCUGCAGUAUCAUCAUCUGCCGCUAGCGAACGGUGUGCCCCUUGCCGGUCCAGCGGCGGCCUCUCCGGCGACAGCAGCAGCAGCGGCAGCGGCGGUAGCGGCUGCCGCCGCCAGCUACGAAUACUAUCGGUACGCGAUCGAGGCGGCCGAAAGUGUCGGCAAGCUACCGCCGUCGGGUUCCGCCCAAUCCGUGCUGCUUCCCACUGGCACGAUGGCCGCGACCCCUGCCCGCACUGCCGGCGAGGAUGGUAGCAAGGGAGCUUCGGGCACAGCUUCGGGGCCGGUGGUGGAUUACAACGGGUUGCGGCAGCUGUUUCUCAAAUGUUGCUACAACGAGAUGAAGCUGCUGCCGGCGUCCGGCGGUCCAGCGCAUCCAGCCGCGCCCGUCCUAUCCUCGCCGACGGUCGGGUGCGUUUCUGCGCCGACCUCGACCGCCACCAGCCUGUCGGCCGACUCGCCAGUCCACUCGUACGACUUUGAGCCGCAGGAUCCGCGCGCUGCCGGUAGGGAAGCACCCGCCGUCUAUCCGUCCGGGCAGCAGCAGCAGCAACACCACCACCACCAUUACCACCAGCCACUCACUAGCCGAUCGUGUCCGAGCUCACCGAACGGACCGCACUGCCAUACGUCGCCCGCACUGCCAACGCUUGCACCGUCCGCCUGCUCCACCCCGAUCGGUAGCAGAAGGUUGUCCGCCCAGCAGCAGCACCAGCAGCACGAUCGCUACGAAGCGAGCGAAGACGAGGUCCGUCCGAUGGAGGUGUGCAGCGAGGAUGGGCAGGAGGAACCGAUUGAGCCGGAAGAAUGCUGCAGUUACGAACCGAAGGACUUUAGCAUGAAAUCGAAAGCACUGUCAGUGGGGCAGGGUGGUGUGUGGCCGGCGGCAGCGCAGCGCGACGGGUGUGCCAUCGGACAACAGCGGAUCGAGGAUCGCAGCAGGAAGGAAAUUAAGGCCGCGCCGAAAAAGAAAUGGAUUCACCGGCACUACAUGAAGGAUGAGCCACUUACGAAUGGCCAUUCGACGGCUCCGCCGCUAGUCGUGAUUGCGACGAACGGAACGCAACAGCAUUCGGCGGCGAAGCAUCAUCUGACCCUCAACCACGUAGCGGUACCGAUCGCGCCCAGCUCCAUCCCGGCCGGCGCCCCCACCACCAUCACCACCACCUCCCCCUCCCCGAUGACGAUCGAUCUCUCCACCAAGGGGUUGAGCCAGCAUCAGCAAACAGGCACGCACUAUGCUGCCGCUGCCGUGCAUCCGUCGCCUCUCUCAACGACACCACCCGCCACGACCACCACCGUAUCGUCACUGUCUUCAUCCUCCUCCUCAUCAUCCUCCUCGUCCUCCUCCUCCUCCUCCUCCUCCUCCCCUUCCUCAUCGGCAUCGUCGACGACGCUAACCGUAUCGCCGGUCGACGACUCGCAGUCAUCGCUCAACCUAAGCAACGGUUCCAGCAUUAAUGGCUACAUUACCAGCAGCAGCAGCAGCAGCAGCAGCAGCAACAGUAGCGGGGUCGCCGGGGCCCCCAUCGGUGGUACGUCCCCGCUGCCGCCCGGGCUAGCCGGCAUGCUGCCGAUCAACAUCACCAACGUGCUGCAGGCGACGGCCAUUGCUGCUGCCCACAACGGCGGCACCGGCAGUAGCACACCGAACGGGACGAUCGUGACGGCGGCGACGCACCCGGCGGCAACUGGCGUGCACCAUCUGCCGCUCGAGCUGCAGCAGCAGGUCGCGGCCGGCCUGUCGGUGGCGGCCAUCAGCUCGCAGGGUGCGCAGGGCCUCUUUGCCAACAUCCCGACCGGGACGCGGCGGCGGACGACCAGCUCAAACAGCAACGGUGUCGGCACGCGGGAGGUACACAACAAGCUGGAGAAGAAUCGGCGGGCCCAUCUGAAGGAAUGCUUCGAGCAGCUGAAGAAACAGCUCAGCCUGCAGCCGGACGAGAAGAAGAUCUCCAACCUAUCGAUUCUGCACGCCGCCAUACGCCACAUACAGCUGCUGAAGCGCAAGGAGCGCGAGUACGAGCACGAGAUGGAGCGGCUGGCGAAGGAGAAAAUUGCGUCCCAAAACCGUAUCCUCGUGCUGAAGCGCGAACUGACGCAGAUGGGCGACAUCGACGUGUCCCGGCUGGCACCGGACACCGAUAUUACGCCGAACCCAACCAAUGGUGGUACCAUCGUCCCGCCGAACGGCCUGCAGAUGGAGCGAGAUCAACCGUCGGACACUAUACCGGGCCGUAAUGGGAUUCGGUACAGCUCCAGUAGCUCGCUGUCCAGCAUAGCUACGAACGCGUCCAUCAGCAACCUGCCGCUUCAGACGACCAUCUCGCCGGUGCUCUCCGUGUCAUCGCCAUCGCGGGCCAGCCCGGCCCUGAAUCGCAGCUCGACCUCACCCGCCUCGUCGCUGUCAUCCGCGUCGCCAUCGUCGUCGGCCGCCUCCAGCUUAUCGGUAUCGUCCGCAGCAGCCGCCAGCCUGAUGGCUCCCCUCUCGCUCACCACCAAGGGCACCGCUGGUGCGGAGCCGGCGGCGCCCAACGGGCUCAAGAUUACGGCGGCGGGCCAGCUGAACGGGCUGAACCUGACCAGUGCCUCGCUGGCGAUGGUAAACGGUGCGAACGUGACGCUCAACGGCACGGCGACAGCGACCACCGCCCCACUACCCGUCAUCGUUGGUGCAAACGGCACGGCCAACAUCGUGGGCAUCGCCCAUUCGCAGCUGCUGGCAGCAUCCACCGCAGGCGGUUCCUCCCCGGCCGCCAUCCAGACUAUCCCACUGAACCUGAACGUUACAUCGAGCGCGGUGAGCAACGGGUUGGUCACCGGCAGCGGUCCCGCCUCGCUCGCCAUCGCAACCGCGGGCGCCGGCGGGCCGCUUCAGCUGACCAGCCACAAUGGUCCCAUCGGUGGUGGCAGCAUUAGCAGCAGCAGCAGCAGCAGCAGUAGUAGUCAUAGUAACAGUAACACUAGCAGUAGUAGUACCGGUGCCGCCAACACUACCACCAUCGUCGGCACGAUCGCCAGAUCGAUGUACAGUGCGGCGACGAUCGCACCAUCGAUGCCGACGUCUACGGCGGCGACGACUACGGUGCACGUGCCAACCGGCGGCAGCAAAGAACUGAUCAACGGUACGAUCGGCAAGAACGGUACCGUACGGACUGAUAAUAGUAAGCUUGAGAUUAUCGCAUCGCAAUCGCAACCCACCAACCACAGUACACAGGCCGUUGUUGGCGCUACGGCCCUCGACCCACCGGGAACGAAGGUUAUCACGAUCAUGAAUGGUAACACGUUCGCACUGGCCCCGCUGGACAAGGACAGCAAGAUGGGCGUUGUCUACAGCCCGAUACUGGUGCCGACUUCGCAAGGACUGCGCAUGAUACAGCAGGGUUCGAACGGAUUGGCAACGAUCGAGCUCGCACCGCCGAAUGGUGGCAAUCGUUUGCAGCUGCAUUUAACUCACUAAGGGGUCUGCGUGUAGAGUGAUAAGGUGUGAGUGUUUGUUUGGAGCGCGUUUGUGUGUGUGUGUGUGUGUGUAUGUGUGUGCACACGUGCACGUUGUAGAGAUUUGCCGAAGCA